AUGGGAUUAGCAAAAAUAGACAAGGAUCCCGAGAUUUGGUUCCUCAGACGGCAGAAUGCAAAAAGACAUAUCCUGACAAUGGCACAGAUGACGAUGGAGGGGUAUUCGUGGGUUAAAUAUUUAUCCCAGCAAGUCUUGACUGUCAGUGAGCGAACUGCCCCGCCUCCAGCGCCGCGGGGACGCCGGUUGGUCUCUCGCGCCGUAACACGAGACCAGGCCCCGGACGAGCGAACUAUUUGCUUAAUGGCUUGGGCUCUCCGUUCCUAUCUUUUCAUUCCAGGGCUACACGCAACUAGGGAGCGACUUACAGGGUCCAGCGUCGACGUGCCCACGCCGCAGGUUCAAAGAGGCGAGGACCACGAUGAAUAUUAUGCUGCAUGCGGGGCGAAGGGUAGUGGGGAAGUGGGGGAUGACGAACGCGGUAGAAAGAGUGGUUAUGGGGACAAGUCCGGGCGGAGUGGGCCCUUCGGUAGCGGGCGGCGGCAUUUGAGACAGAGACAGGCGCAAGGCGCAAGGUGCAAGGCACAAAUUCCCACGAUAUGGAGAAUGGACGAAUAUUGA